CUCGAUAAUAUCGCCAGUCCUUCGCCAAUAGGAGGCAUGGAAACACGUCGCUGAGAACGAACUAAAACGAAUAAAUUUAAAUCGCAAAAUGCGAACCUUAAUUCGUAAAUUAAAAAAAUGGAUUUGAAGCUAGUGUGUUUGUGUGUUCUAAUUUUAAGUUUUAAUUUAGUGUGUGGCCAGUACUCGUCGUCGCCGUGUCCUGGCAUAUUUGACUUUGAAAAUGAUGGACGUAAUGUGUAUGGGAAAAUCAUUUUACGGCCGACUUCGCCGGUGUCUUCCUUAGUGCUAAAAAUUAGUUUUACUGUUGCAGCUCAACUAUAUAAUAAUUAUGUAGGCCGUUUAGAAGCACAAGACAGCAACCACCUCCUGCAGAGGUACAACAGAGGGCAGCCUGUCAGCUACAUCGUGCACUUCCCCAUCACCUCGCCGCUGCCGAAGCUGACGGCACUCACUGUCAACGGCGAAACUAUUUGCUAUGGACAAGGAGACGUGCCCAGACCGAACACAUACGUGACGACGCUGAGUCUCCAGCACACCUCGUUCCUCCAGGGCGGAGGGCCGAUAUACAACAGUAUUCAGCCGCAGCAGCACCGGCCGCAGCCGCGUCCACCUCCACCACAGCCGACGGUGGACCAGAUCUUCUACGGAGACGAUGAUGCCACUGCUCAUAUUUAUACGUUCAAUAAUGUUGAGCCGUCGUGGAAUAAUGGCAACUCUCCAUACUACGUGGUGAACAACACUCGUCCGUUCACCCAGGCCACGCAGCAGUACCAGCCGCCCACCCAACAGUAUCAGCCGCCCACCCAACAGAUCUUCCACUCCAACCCAAUCUAUGAAUAUGACCAGAAUGUGCCCCAGCAGGUCACCUCACGAAGGCCUAACCCGCCUCCUUACGAGCAGGCCACGAAGAGACCAACUUACACGCCUCCUCCCACAAGCCCUAACCGCAAUGAGUUCUACUACCCUACUCCUGAGCCGACACAACCUGCGGUUAAUAAUGACCAACGUUACAACGUCGAAAACACAGGUGAUAUGUGCGGUGAGGUCGCGGGAGGUAACGAGAGGGUCCCUCUCAUCUACAACGGGAGGUCUUACGCGAGAGGAGACAUUCCUUGGCUUGUGGCCAUCUACAAGAGUGAGGCAGCUAAUCUGCAGUUCAUCUGCGGAGGAACCUUGGUUUCUGAUCGUCAUAUUGUUACUGCUGCUCACUGCAUGCAGCGUCGAGGUGUGCAGACGAACAUCAAGGACAUUGUGGUGAAGAUUGGAGUCCACAACCUGAAUGACUGGAGUGACGAUAUCACCGUCACCAGGUCGUUGAUGGCUGCUUCCAUCCACGAGUCUUUCAAUCCAGCGACUCUUCAAAACGACAUCCUGAUGUUCACACUGAACAAACGAGUGAAGUUCAACACGUACAUACGCCCAGCGUGUCUGUGGGGCGAUGAUACCGACCAAUCGCGUAUAGUCGGCGCUUCUGGAGUUGUGGCUGGAUGGGGAGACCAAGGAGUGGGAGGUAUAGGCAAGCAGGGCGAGCCCCACAUGGUGCGCAUCCCCAUCGUCAGUACCACCGACUGCAGAGCCAGCAAACCUCACUUCCACAAGCUCACCUACGACAGCACGCUGUGUGCAGGUGAUCGUAACGGCGCCGGGCCUUGUGUGGGAGAUUCCGGUGGAGGUUUAUACCUCCUAGAGGGAGGCAAGUGGAGACUCAGAGGAGUGGUCUCCGUGUCCCUCCGAGCUGAGAACGGUGACAACACUUGUAACCUCAAUGAGUACAUCAUCUUCACUGAUACAGCGAAGUAUUUGGGCUGGAUCAGGCGCAUCUUGUCAGAAAAAUAUUACGAUUAAAGUUAUAAUGUUGAUUUAUUUAAGACUGGAACCUUUUUGGAAUAAAAAAAGCUUGGGAACACUUUUUUAUACUAGAUAAAGUUAUAAAUAAGUGGUUUCUAUUACCUAUGUAAUAUACAAUACAUUGACAUGAUUGUGGUUCAAAGUAUGGCAACAUUGUUAUUGUUAAUUCUACAGGGAUUUUUUAGUGUUACCUACCAAUAUUUGUUGUGGAUAGACGUGUUUGGUGUUCCCGAGUUAAUAAAUAAUUUAACAAUAUAAUUCAUUUUGUAACAAUACCUACCGUUCUCCUAUUUUACCAUAUUAUUAAUUAUUUGAAAAUAAAAAAUAAUAAGGACCUAAAAAUGCCUGUUAUAAAUCAAUUUAAAUACUAAUGUAACUUAGUUAUAAGAAAGUAUUUUUAUAUAAUUAAUAUUUUGUAGACUUAAUAUUAUUCAAAAUGUGCAUUUUCCAAGAGAUUUUUAUUUAAUUUUCAGUCUUGCCAUAGUUCAUUGCUUGUUUGCAAAAUCGAAUACAUUAAUGAUUUUUUUUAUUGAUACUGAUACAAAAGGCAUUUUGCGAGUUUACUAUUAAAACUAAAAUAGUCAUAUUUAUUAUUAUAUUCAGUUUUAUAGGAAAAUAUAAUUAUAGGCCUUUACUAGAUAAUAAGUUGAUUGUAAUGUCUGACUCGCCAUUAAAUAAAUUAUAUUAUUGUA